AAAAAACCACGCGCUGUUCUUCCUGAGCUGCUGCUAGAGUGGGUGGUUGUUUUUUCCUUUCUUCACUGCAGCGCCACGCUUAACAAAUGGCGGCACAGUGUGUAACAAAGGUGGAGCUGACUAUUGCCUGCACUAAUCUCUUGGAUAAAGAUGUUGGUUCCAAGUCAGACCCGCUGUGUGUGCUUCUCCAGAACACGAGUGGUCAGCAGUGGUAUGAGGUUGAUCGCACAGAAAGAGUUAAGAAUUCCUUGAACCCAAAGUUUGCCAAGAAAUUCCUAAUUGAUUACUAUUUUGAGCUUGUUCAGAAACUUAAGUUUGGAAUAUAUGACAUUGAUAACAAAACCUUUGAUCUGAAUGAUGAUGACUUCUUAGGAGAAUUUGAGUGUACACUGGGACAAGUUGUUUCUAGCAGGACUCUAACAAAACCAUUAGUGCUUAAAAAUGGCAGACCUGCUGGAAGAGGAAGUAUUACGAUUACAGCAGAAGAAGUGAAGGAUAACAGGGUGGUUGUAUUGGAAGUAGAAGCAAGGAAACUGGACAGUAAGGACUUUUUUGGAAAGUCAGAUCCUUAUCUGGAAUUCCACAAGCAGACUGGAGAUGGAAACUGGGUGAUGGUUCACAGAACAGAGGUUAUUAAAAACAACCUGAAUCCUGUAUGGAGGCCCUUUAAAAUCUCUCUCAAUUCUCUGUGUUACAGUGACAUGGAUAAGUCAAUUAAGGUUGAAUGCUAUGACUAUGAUAGUGAUGGGUCUCAUGAUCUCAUAGGAAGUUUUCAAACUACUAUGUCAAAACUGAAGGAAGCAUCUCGGUCCUCACCUGUUGAAUUUGAAUGUAUCAAUGAAAAGAAAAGACAGAAGAAAAAAAACUAUAAAAACUCUGGCAUUGUGAGUGUUAAGCACUGUGAGAUCCUAGUAGAAUGCACAUUCCUUGAUUACAUCAUGGGUGGGUGUCAGCUGAAUUUCACAGUGGGAAUAGAUUUUACAGGGUCCAAUGGGGACCCUCGCUCUCCAGACUCUCUGCAUUACCUCAGCCCUAAUGGAGUUAAUGAAUACCUAACAGCCAUUUGGUCUGUAGGAAUGGUCAUUCAGGAUUAUGAUACAGAUAAGAUGUUUCCAGCCUUUGGAUUUGGUGCACAAAUUCCUCCUUCCUUUCAGGUGUCACAUGAGUUCCCAUUAAAUUUUAACCCAUCAAACCCAUUCUGUAAUGGAAUCCAAGGCAUUGUUGAUGCAUAUCGGGCUUGUCUUCCUCAAGUGAAGUUAUAUGGGCCAACAAAUUUUUCUCCAAUUAUAAAUCAUGUGGCAAGAUUUGCUGCUGCAGCUACACAACAGCAAACAGCAUCUCAAUACUUUAUACUUCUGAUCAUAACGGAUGGUGUGAUAACAGACCUUGAUCAAACUCGAACUGCCAUAGUUAAUGCUUCGAAAUUGCCUAUGUCCAUUAUCAUUGUUGGUGUUGGAGGAGCAGACUUCGAUGCUAUGGAGUUUCUUGAUGGUGACAAUGGAGUUCUCAGGUCCUCAUCAGGAGAACCAGCUGUCAGAGACAUUGUCCAGUUUGUGCCAUUCAGGAAAUUCCAAAAUUCUCCAAAAGAAGCUCUGGCGCAGUGUGUCCUGGCAGAAAUCCCUCAGCAAGUGGUGAACUACUUCAGCACCUACAAACUGCAGCCUCCUAAGAAUCCUGCUGUAAAGUGAAUGGGCUGAACAGGGAAGCUGAGACUUUGUGCUUGCUUUACUUGCUAUAUCUGCAGACUCUGGUUCUCAAGAUACUUCUGUAUACCUGUAAACACACACCUCUGUGUGGUAAUGUCUGUUAGCUUUUGCCUGCAAAUCACUUUGCCAAAUGUGCCUUUUAAGGGCCAAAAUCUAAUUGUGUUAAUAUUUGAUGUUGAUUUGAGAGAUAGGGCUUGCAUGGGUGCAUUUUAUUUUGCAAAGUAAGAGUGGAAAAAAAGAGGUUGAAUAUGCAGAGAGAAGGGGAAGAAGGGGUGGAAGUGGAACAGCUGCCUGUUUGAUAAAUAUGGCCAGUGGGAGUGUUCAAUUACUUUUGUGGGAUCAGUACUGAGGACUGCAGUUUCUCAGUGGUCGUAAAACCAGUCUGAAAUGAAAAAGAGGGUAUAUCCCCACUGAGCAGAUAAAAGUUUGUAUGUGCUUCAACGAAUCUGGAAUACUUUAAGCUUCUGUGUCUAUUAAGCCACCAGAGCAAAAUUUUGUCACAGGAGUUUCAUAAUUAAACAAGUGCCAGAACAGAGCAUAAAGGCCCUCCUUGCAUGCCUACUUUACGUUUGCCACUUCAGUGCCUUUGGCCAAUGCCUGGGAUUCAGGGCUGUGUGAACAUAAGCCAAACAAGUCAUUAAAGUAUAUAUUCUUUUAUAGUAUACAUUCUCUUAAGGUAGUACAGGAAUAACUAGGGUGAAUCAAGGUGAACUUCUAACAUCUCAGAAUACUAUUGGCCUUCAAGGCUACUACUGUAAAGGCUGUAAGAUGUAUUUCAGUGUGUACUGUGCUGGAAAACAGGAACUCCAGAUUUUAUUUUGGUCAGGGUUUUGUUUUGUUUUGGUUGUGGUUUUUUUUCUUUUUUUUCAAUAAGAGUCAUGACUACUGAUCUUUAAAGGGCUUUUUGUGAAAUGGGAAUUCACUUUCUAGUUAAAAAGUUUUGUCUGAUUUAUAACUGCAUAUUUUCAAGCAAAGGCAGUUCUUGAAAGUGCUACCUAUAUUGGUUUCGUCAUUUUGAAUCAUGCUUCUUUGUCAUGAGCCUACUAAUGAAAAGUGCCUGCAAAAACCCCAGUCUUCCUUCUUCUCUCCCAGUAGGAAGACAUAAAGUCUCUAAGCUCUAAUCGUGUAAUCACACUGCGUUUCUCUAGGGCAAACAAUUUCUGGUUUAUUUUCUUGGCUUGAAUUUUCUCUUCACCAUUUACACCAAGUGUAAAUCAUAUUGUUUGCUUAGUGGAAAGAUGAAGCUUUCUUGUCUCUCAGUUGCAUACUGCUUGCUGAGGAUCUCUUCUGAUCCUGUCAGUGCGUGUAAAGUAAGUGGAUGUAAAGGUCUCAUUUAUCACUUCCAAAAUGCCCAUCUUGAACAUUAAUUUUGCAGUUUCACAUUUGAAGUGGUUUAGAGUUAGGUAUCUGACUGAUCUGAUUCUGGAUGGCUUACCUGUAACAUGUAAGAACAGAAUGGGCUAACACUAAAUUUAGAAUACUUUGGCACUCAAGAUUGCACCAGGUCAUAGUGUAUGUGACUUCUUUUUAGUUGCUGGAGCUGCAAUGUGUGGUUGGUUUUUUUUGUUUUUUCUUUCCAUACAUGUAUACUCCUGUCAAGAAUCUGAAUUCACAUUAACAUUGAUGGAUGAAAGGUAUAUGUACCAAGAUUGUCUUACACAUCCUGUAAAACAUACCAAGUGUUUUGUAGAAAGUUGACUAGUUACCAAUCAUGAAUGAAUGUGUUAUUCUCCACUCCAUUUUCCUUGGUGGAUGGGGUCCUGAAUAGUUUCAGUAGUGGAAUACUGAGGAAGAGAUUUUGUUUCAUAUUAAGCCAAGCUCUUUCUUUUUUAAAUCUAAUUCAUGUGUUUAUAUAAAAAUUUACAGACAUCUUUUUAUCAGCGUAGUGCAAAUGUGUUUCUACUUCAUACAUAAAUUAUAAUGAAGUGUCAUGCCAGAUAUGCAACACAAAAUAUUAAGAUCAAGGAAGUAGUUAUAAUGAACCUAAAUCACACUGCUGCAAAUUGAUAUUGUAUGAUUUUGGAACAGUAAACUGUUUCACAGCUACAUGCUCCAUGUACAGAGAUAACUGGAUGCAGUAUUAAUGCUUUGUCUAGAUUAAUUGAAGUGGGCGAGUACUACUGAUAGGAGUACAGGAUACUACUGAAGUUCCUCUGAGCUGUCUGCCAAAAAUAUAAUGCUGCAUCUGAGUUCUGUUACCAAUUCUGUUUUAAGUUGCCAUGGAAGUGCAUUUAAAUGCAUUUACCUAUGUUAAUAGGUAUUAUUGUACUAAAUACCUGCUUAAUAUAAAAUAAAACCUUCUGUUUUGUCUGUAUUUUAUACAGUAAUUCUGAGUUUCUACAGUAGAGAAUUCAUUAUCUCUUACUGGAAAAGUGCCCCCAUGUUCCUCAAGCUUAGGGAAUUAAAUAGCAUAUCAACAAUACCUACUUCUUAAUGUGCCCUAUUCUAUGUAAAAGAAAAGUGUUUCAAACCUGACGGUGACAAGAACCAUUUUUCAGGUAUAAUUUCUCUUAGAGGUGUACAGCUAACACUUGUUGAAAAAUUUAGAAACUUACAAGUUAAGCUGAAGCAAUAUUCUGAGUCAAGGAAUGCAGCAGAUUGUGAAUCAAGGGGGAGGGGAGUUACUAUGUUGUUUUGCCAUUUUUUGUUUGUUUUUACAUGUAAAAAAUGCCUUAUUAGCUUGAGGGUGACAAAGCAAAAUAUUGUCAGUUUUGUAAAGUGAAUGUGCUUAUAGUUCACUUGCACCACCUUGUGAUAAAAAUCAUGUAUAGCAGUUUUUGUAAUCAGAUGCUUUUUGCCAUUUAAUGGUCUUGAUUAUAUACAUGUGUACAGCAGAGAAAUAACCUGUAACCUCUAUUUUUUACUUUCCUAUGUAUUUCAUUUCUGAUGAAGUUAACUGAUUUACAGUAUAUAUGCAUUCAAAAUAUAAUUUCAAUAUCCUGUUACUCUGUUGUGCUUUUGUAUUCAGCAUUUUCUAUGUAAUGAUAAAUGCUGCUUUUGCAGUUCCUAUGAUGAGUAUUCCACAGGCUGAACAGCUCAGAUUUAUAACAAGUAUUAUCAGAUGAAAGGAAAAAUGCCUUUUCACUCAGUGGUUAUGAAUGUGCAGUGUAUAUUUCAUAAAGCAUCUUAUACUGGCUUUUAGCAAGAAGAUAUUCUGAAAUGGGAUGGUUUUAGCAGUGACUGUUUCAUGCUCUUUGCCAUGUUAGAGUUCUCCCAUGCAUGGUAUUUCAUACAAUUAUCAGAUUUUCCAAAACUUUUUUCAGAACAGUGUCUACAUUUUAAGUAGAGAGUCAUGGAGAUUUGGUUAUUUUAAUUUUCAAAUACAUCGUUCUACUCCACCCUUCGGUUUCUUUACAUUCAAGUGUAGUCAAGUCUGAGAUGCUUUUAUUGGCAGAGAUACUAGAGACAUAGUAUUGCAGCAGAGCGUGAUGCCAUACAGAACCUGAGUGAGCUUUGAUACUGGAAGUUCCGUUUUCUAAGUGCUUCAGAGUAAUUCACUCAACUUCUCCACCAGUCAAGGAUCCACAGGGUAGAAUUAGUUCCUGAAAGGAUUUAAUAGAUCUUGACAUUUCUUGUGCUGUUCUUUCUGGUGAAAACCCUAUAAAUAGUUGCAACUUGGAUUCCUGGACCCUUCCUCCCCUUGCCUAUGCCUAAAAAUGGUGGAAUUCAGGGAAGGGGAAAAUACUCCAACAAUAGAAAAGUAGAAUGUCAGAGAAAACCAGAUGGAUGUUACUUGUGUGUGGCCAUGAUCUUCUGCAAACACUGACACUUCUCUUUCAUUUUGGGUCUAAGGAACUCAAGAACUGUGCAUAACGGUAAUUUUGCAGACAGAACUGACAGGCUUUCCUGCAAUCCUGAGCUGUUAAGAGCUGUACCAAAGCAGCAACUUGUGGGAUGAUGCUCUGUUGCUGCACUGUAACACUUGCUGCUGCAGUCUCAGCCCUUACUUUGUAAUAUAUGUCAGUGCACGAUUGAUGAACUUAAAAAUGCCAAUAGUGAAAAUGUUUGAAGUUACCUGGUAGCACGUGUAGGCAGAAGGGGAUUGGAUCUUUUGCAAUGAGAGAGUGGUUUACUAAUUAAU